AUGGACCAGUAUUGGCAGCAGCAGGACGAGGGUGCUGGUGACGCGUGCAAAGUUCGUCUAGUUGCCAAAGGAUUCCAUCAACGUCCGGGGAUCGACUAUCAUGACACGUUCCGUCCGGUGAUCAAGCCGGCUUCCAUUCGACUUGUGUUGAGCAUUGCCAUGAGUCAUGGGUGGUCAUUACGUCAACUCGACAUGAAUAAUGCGUUCCUACAAGGUCACCUACAUGAUGAUGUUUAUAUGAUGCAACCAUCCGGUUUCGUCGAUCAAGAUCGACCUUCACAUGUUUGCAAGUUGCACAAGGCUUUGUAUGGGCUCAAACAAGCACCGCGUGCUUGGUACAACGAGCUACGUCAAUUUCUCAUAUCCUCGGGCUUCAAGAACUCACUGGCCGAUACCUCUCUUUUCAUCUUCUGCAAGCAUGGCAUCGUCAUUUAUGUUUUGGUUUAUGUCGACGAUAUUGUGGUCACCGGCAACGACACAUCACGCAAUCAACAGUUCAUCCAACUCCUCUCCGAUCGUUUCUCAGUCAAAGACCUCGGCGAUCUCAAAUUCUUUUUGGGUGUCGAGGUCUCACGAUCACACAAGGGACUCUUCCUCACACAGCAACGGUAUGUCCAGGAUCUCCUUAAGCGUACCAAUAUGCUCCAUGCAAAGUCAGUGGCUACACCAAUGUCCUUAACGACAUCACUUAUUCUCAACUCUGGCUUGCCAUUAGAAGAUCCUACCGAGUACCGGAAUGUAGUUGGCAGCCUACAAUAUCUCAAUUUCACAAGGCCGGAUAUUGCCUUUACGGUAAAUAAGUUAUCACAGUUCAUGCAUAGCCCGACGAGUGAUCAUUGGCAAGCGGUUAAACGAGUACUCCGUUAUUUAGCCGGCUCUCCAUCUCUCGGUAUAUUCAUGUCUUCGACAAACUCCUUUGAUCUCCAUGCUUUCUCGGAUGCAGAUUGGGGUGGCAACCGCGAUGAUUAUACAUCAACUAGUGCUCACAUCGUCUACCUUGGCGAACACCCCAUCUCUUGGUCCUCCAAGAAGCAACGCACCGCCGCACGCUCUUCAACCGAGGCCGAGUAUAAGUCUGUUGCCUCAACUGCGGUUGAGUUGCGGUGGCUCUCCUCUCUUCUAUCUGAACUCGGAGUUCCGAUGACAACUAAACCUGUCAUAUUUUGCGACAAUGUGGGCGCGACUUAUCUUUGUGCCAACCCGGUUUUCCACUCGCGAAUGAAGCACGUCGCGGUUGACUAUCAUUUCAUUCGAGGUCUAGUCCAAGAUGGUCUCCUUCGCGUGACUCAUGUCUCCUCUCAAGAUCAACUUGCGGAAACUCUUACGAAGCCUAUAACCCGAGCCCGGUUUGAACUCCUUCGUGUUCGAAUGGGUCUCGCUCAUGCGCCUCAUCUUGCGGGGGCGUAA